AUGGGUGCUAAAGAAGGGAAAAUUCUUGGACCUACUCUAGGCUAUUCUCAAGAGCCACUUCUUCCACUAAUUAAUGCAUGUGAACCAUUAUCUUCCAUUAUUCCUGAUAUAUCGAAACAUGCAUCGAGUGCUUUGGAAUCUACUCCAUCUAACCCAGCAGAUGGUUUGACUCGCGAUGAAUCAGCUGCGAUUCGUCUCUUCACUAUGAAGUGGGCUGAUGAAAACAAAAGUCUUCAUACUAUUCUCAAUGACACUUUGAAGACAGCUGAUCGUGAAAAUCUAAAACCAUGGCAUAAAUAUCUUAAACUGUUUCUCACUGCUCUGGCUAAGAUACCAUGUCUACCGUCAGAUACUAUCUGGCAUGGAGUGCGAGGAAAUAUUAGUGGGGAAUACCCAUCGAACAAGUCAGUAAUAUGGUGGUCAUUUGUAUCAUGCACAAACGAUAUCACUGUAUUAUCGAAUCCUGCCUAUUUAGGCGAUACAGGGGAAAGAACCCUCUUUUCUAUUGAAGUCAUUAAUGCUCGAAGUAUAAGUGCUCAUUCAUAUCCUGGUACCGACCUUGAAAUUCUUCUGUUACCGGGAACAUACGUGGUAGUAAAAUCGAUCUUUAGUCCGUCCCUUGGUCUUAAUAUCCAUCAUUUGGUACAGGAGAAACCGAAAGAAGUGCUGCUUGAGCCACCAUUUGAAGAUGCAUGUCUUUAUCCAAAACAUGGUCUCAAUGUUAAAUUAUCAAAUUGUUCGUCUCCAUGUUCAUGUCAUGUACAAACAAAUAAAACAGACAAUUUAGUCCCUGCAGAAUUUUUUCCAAAUACUACAAAAGGUUCUGUUCAUAUUAAAAAUUUACAACCAUAUACAUUGUACUUAUUUGAUAUUAAUUGUUCGGAAGUAAUGGCUACUAAAACUUAUGCUACACGUACAGAUGUUUAUCGACCAUCAUCACCUCUGAAUAUUGAGCUUACACUGAAUGGUCAACGUCUUCGAUUAAAAUGGAAACCUCCAGCUUUUCCUCAAGGUCCGAUCGAUGAAUAUCAAGUGAUUGUUGAUGGAGUCCAAGUAAAACCUCCUAUGAAAAAUACUGAAUUAUCUUAUGAAAUGAACAAAGAUUAUGUAGCCGGUAUAACUCAUACAAUAAGUGUAAAAGCUUGUAAUAUAGAUACUCAAAAUCGAACAUUAUGUUCCGAUCCUAAAGAUACUGAAAUUUCGUAUUUUCGCAAUAAGACUAGUACUAGUUCCAAUAUUGCACCAAUGGAAUCAAUAUCAAUUAAACAAAUUUCAUUUAUGAUUAUUUUGUUGAUGAAAAUUUUAGUAAUUAUAUAAUAAAUAAAUUCAAUCAUUACAUUUGAUUAAAAGUUUCUUUUUUUAAAAUGUUGUCUUCACUAAAAAUUAAAUUUCUCGAUCGAUUUCUAUUUACGGUGUAAAGCACUAUAUAACAGUCCUUCCUAAGUUUUCUCUCGCGAUAAUGAAAAUACGUUUCAGCAGCAACAAUGAUUUGAUCGAAGGGUGUGGGUGUGGAUGUUAAUCCUCUGUGGACCCACACCCCACAC